AUGUCCCAACUCCUGAGUUCAACCGUGCGCAGUGCAAAACGCACCUUCUCCAAGAUGGGAUACAGUACCUCAAUCGCAGAUCCGCUUCCCGCUACUUUCCUGCGUGGGGGGACAUCCAAAGGCAUCUUCCUCACACAAUCAUCUCUACCACCCGACCGUGCCGCAUGGACCCCCAUAUUCCUAGGCAUCAUGGGCUCCCCGGACGCAGAGUACGGGCGCCAGCUAAACGGUAUGGGCGGCGGCGUCUCGAGCCUCUCCAAGAUCAUGGUCAUCGCCCCGCCGUCCGCCGCACAGAGGGCACAGGGCAUCGACGUCGCGUACACCUUUGCGCAGGUCGGCAUCCGCGAUGCGAGCGUCGACUACUCGGGCAACUGCGGCAACCUCUCCAGCAUGAUCGGGGUGUACGCCAUCGAGGAGGGCCUGUGCCCGGCGCGUACCGGCAAAGACGGUGUCGCUACUGUGAGAGCGUUCAAUACGAACACACAGAAGGUCGUUGACACGACGUUUCCUGUGGCGGAGGAUGGUACGCCGCUCGUUGACCUGCCCCAGACGAGCAUUGCAGGCGUUCCGGGAAAGGCGUCGAAGAUUGUGCUUGAUUUUGUCGACCCAGGAGGUGCGCGUACCGGGAAACUCCUUCCGACAGGCAACGCGACAGACGUUCUGGAAAUCAAAUCCUCCGACGCGAUUGGUUCACGCACGGUCAAAGCCUCGUUAGUAGACGCAACAAACCCGACUGUCUUCGUCGACUAUGCUGAAUUAGACGAGUUUCUUCCUAUGGGAGACUAUGUGAGUGGCAAAAGCACAGCCUCCGAGCAAGUGGGACCAGUCCUGGAAGAAAUACGCCAGGAAGGCGCAAAGGCCAUGGGACUCGACCCGUCUGCCCAAGCACAGCCAAAAAUAACAUUACUGAGGGCACCACACACUCAAGACGACAUUGCACAGGGAGUCGACAUUGUCGUGCAUGCACUCUCGAUGGGGGUCCUGCAUAAAGCUAUUCCAAUGACCGUAGGACUUUGCCUAGGGGUCUCAUCGAAAGUAGAAGGAACCAUCGCUUGGAGUAUUGUACGAGAGGUGUUGUCUGAGCAGGCCAGCAAAUCAGACUUGGAUACCAUUCGAAUUCGGCAUCCAGGUGGUUUAGUUGACGUUGGUGCCGAUUUCGACAGCAGUGGUGUGGUUAAAAGCGCAAAGGUUAUACGAACGGGAAGGCGAUUGAUGAAAGGAUAUGUAUGGCAUGGAAGCAAUCACCAAGUUGUAAAAGGACAGCACAUGUCAAGCAUAAAGGAGAGCGUACAAUACUCCGAUACACUUGCCUUACGCCAUACAUUGAUAGAAUGA